AGUCUCCUCCAGCUUCUCUCCAUAGUACCUCCAUUGUGUGCACUUACACUUACUUAGAAUAAAAACAAAAACAAAUGUGUCGUAUUUAAUGUGUCACCCACACCUGCCGUCUUUCAAAGCGUCGAGUUGUUUUAACCCUUGUCGCUCUCGCCAUGAACGACGACAAUGAUUUGAUGCCAAGUUUUCAUUCAGAUUCACUCCACGAUAAUGUGGUGUCUGUUCCUGAUGGACUUUGCUGGGUGUCAGUUCUCUGCUGCUUGCUGCUUGCCUGCUCCUAUGUCGGAAGUUUAUACGUCUGGAAAAGCAAUUUACCAAGGGAUCAUCCUGCAGUGAUAAAGAGGCGCUUCACUAGCGUGCUUAUUGUGUCGGCUCUGUCUCCAGUAUUUGUGUGGGCAUGGAAGGAUUUCACAGGCAUCCAGCCUAGUCCAUCAUUAUUGGCCCUUAUGGGGAUCCGUUUGGAGGGACUAUUGCCUGCUAUCAUUCUACCCUUGCUACUGACCAUGGUGCUGUUUCUGGGUCCUUUGAUCCAGCUAGCUAUGGAUUGUCCCUGGGGUUUCAUUGAUGGGAUGAAAGUUGUUGUUGACCCAUGCUUCUGGACAAUCUGUCUGAGCGACAUGCGUUGGCUGAGAAACCAGGUAGUUGCACCAUUAACAGAGGAGCUGGUUUUUCGGGCAUGCAUGCUACCUAUGCUAGUGCCCUGCGCAGGCCCUUCUACUGCCAUCUUCACAUGCCCACUCUUCUUUGGUGUUGCUCAUUUUCACCAUGUAAUUGAGCUACUGCGGUUCAGACAGGGCACUGUCUCAGGCAUUUUCCUCUCUGCAGUGUUCCAGUUCUCCUACACAGCAGUAUUUGGAGCCUAUACAGCCUUUAUAUUCAUCAGGACAGGUCAUCUGGUGGGUCCUGUGCUGUGCCACUCCUUCUGUAACUACAUGGGUUUCCCGGCUGUCAGCACAGCCCUGGAUCACCCGCACCACCUCACCAUUCUCUCCUUCUAUGUUUUGGGGGUCAUUCUCUUCCUCCUCCUCCUCUUCCCCAUGACUGACCCGCUCUUCUACGGUUUGCCCACACCCGUGUGCACCCUGACCUCCACAGCUGGCUCCAUCUGCUCUUGAUCCUUCUCCAUCCAUACCUCCAUCCUUCAUGCAUCCAUUCCUUCUCUCCAGUUGUGUCACGGGACUACAGCCAUUUGGAAAGGUGUGGCUGUUUUUCUCCAGGCUCUGCAACUGGUUUGACCAGGUGAGCGAGGGAUUGCUGGAGAACAGGUAUGAAAAUUCUCAGCCUCCAUGAGGUUAGUGGAAGGACUCGUUGGAUGCAAAACAUCCUCAGGUUGCACUGGCCGCUCGUUUUACCAUUCUGCAUGAUGAAAGCAGUCUACUUGUUUAGUGCUAUCAAGUGACAUCAGCUAUGAGCCAGGCCUACAUUUCAUGAAGCCCAGGUUGAUUAUACAUGUCUGCAUGUUUAUAUGACAAUAUUUCAGUGUGUUUAAUUUGAAAUUGGUGCUGGGGGAUAAGACAAUUAUUACGGGUUUACAGGGAAGAUUUGUACACUGAAAUGUGUAUUUCUAAAAAUGCAUGACUCCCCAUUUUUUCCAUUGUGGCAUUAGAGUUUUACUCACAUAUACUAUCUGUUUGGUCUGGUGCCCUUGAAGAAGACAUUCAUGUUUACCUUCAACAUCAUGAAAACUUUCAGUUACUGACAUUUUUUACUUUACCUUUGAACUGAUCAUCUUAUUAUCAAUUUACUCAGUUCAGUAGUCUUAAAUAUAGAUUAAAUAUGUGUCCAAUCUUUAGGUAUGCCAUUGGAGUUAAAGAGAUAUUAGAAAAAAACUUUUUUUGUCUGUGUGUGAAUCUGAAGUUAAAGAAUUGCCCUUUGCAAACAGCUUUUUGUGUAAGUUUAGAUUCAGUUAAUUGGCCUCAUGUGCAACAGUUUAUUGUGGUUUAUUGCAAAUUUUGAGGCCUUUUUAAAAAAAAAACUUAGUCACUCCUGUUUUGGCCAUUUAUUAUUUAAAAAUCCGCUAAUACCAACUACUGUUGAUGUAGCAGCAAUUUUUACAAUUUCAGGAUAUUCAGUGCUGGAUUUUGACCAGUGGUUCAUAUUUAAAGGGAUAGUUCACCCAAAAAUAAAAAUUCUCUCAUCAGUUACUCACCCUCAUGCCAUCCGAGAUGUCUAUGACAUUCUUUCUUCUGCUAAACACAAACAAAGAUUUUUAGAAGAAUAUCUCAGCUCUGUAGGUCCAUGCAGUGCAAGCAAAUGAUGACCAGAACUCCAAAAGCUCCAAAAAGGAGGAGUCUAAAAGAUUCACGUGGUUUAAUCAAUGUCUUCUGAAGCAAUCCAGAUGGUGUUGGGUGAGAGCAGACUGAAAUGUAACUCCUUUUUCACUGUACAUCUUGACAGCAGUCUCUAGGCACGAUCAUAUUUUCAAGCUCGAUUACACUUCCUAGUGUUUGACACAUGCGCAGAGUGCUAGCUAGCGCUAUAGGAAGUGUUAUCGAGCUUAAAAUCAUGAUUGCCAAGAAGACUGCUGUCAAGAUUUACAGUAAAAAAAAGUUCUAUUUUGGUCUGUUCUCACUCAAACCAACUGGAUCACAUCAGAAGACAUGGAUUAAACCACUGGAGUCUGAUUGAUUAUGUUUAUGCUGACGUUAUCUCCUUUUUGCAUUGUAUGGACCUACAGAGCUGAGAUAAUCUUCAAAAAAUCUUCGUUUGUGUUCAGCAGAAGAAAUAAAGUCAUACACAUCUGGGAUGGCAUGAAGAGUAAAUGAUGAGAUCAUUUUAUUUUUUGAGUGAACUAUCCCUUUAAUACAGUGCUAAAGACAGGAAUUUCUUGUCCUGCUAAUUUAAUUCGGAAGCAAUGGAUGAUGCUGAGGUAGAUUUAACACUUGUGUGAUUUGCCUUGAUAUUGAGAAAAUUCCACUUAAACUUUUUCAAAGGCACCACCAAAGGAAACAUGUUGCCAUUUCUUUAAGACACUUAUUUUUCUAAACACACUUGGCUGUGACAAAUGUCAGCGUUUUUAUCAAGAUCGGCUUGUUUAUCAUCUACUACCUGUGUCAGAGAUUUACACCUCAAAUUCUUUGACCAACAUAUGGUUAGUUCUGUUCAAUCUAAAUACUAAACUUUUAUAAACCUUUUUAAAUUGGAAAUGAGUCAUGCCAGCAGAGAGUUUUCAUGGAGGUUUCAUUUUUACACUGGUUCCUUCACCAUGAAAUUUUAUUGCAUGCUGCUACACUUAUGACUUAUGGAUGUUUAAAUGUUGAUCUAUAUAGAAACACCAAAUACACCAACACAUACAUUUAAAGUGUUGGCUAUAAUGUUAAAAUGGUUUAAGAUAACAAAUCUGGCUUGCUGCCUAGAAUAGAGUCUACUUGGUACAGAACAUUUCAUUCUAUUUUUGGGGGUGUCUGUAAUACAGUUGUUUUGGUUUCAGCCCUCAUUAAAUGUAAAAUUAAAGUAUAUAUAGAGAGUAUUUAAAGUAUCCAUCUACAUGAUUGCUUGUAAUUUGUUAAUUAAUAUUUUGACAUGUCUCCAGUGCAUCAAGAGAAUGUAUAGUAGUCUCAUUCAUUAUAUGUACUAGGGCGUUUAUAGGUUUAUUUCUGUGUUGUGAGAGACCAUGCAAAGUAAACCUUACAAGCAAUAAUCUCACAAACAGGACCGAAUCAGGGAUUUCUGUCUAGUGCCACGCAAGACCUAGAUACCUUUAUUCAUACCUAAAAUAAUUUCUUGUUUGGCUUACUACAAAGAAAAUGUUAAAUGUCACCCUUUGAACUGCCAAAGUUAUGGAAGUUACAUAAUGGUAGAUACAACCCGUGCUAGAAAACUGUUUAGUUAGGCUACUAAGAUGUUCUGGUUUUCUAGUCUCUAGCGUUGAGAGAAGUUUGUGUUUAAAGUGUGCCAUAGUGUAUAUGACUGUGCUGACAUGUUUACAGUUGGAGGAUGCUGUAUGUAAGCACUGCUCCAGAAUCAGUUACUGAAUGCUGCUGUAGUUUAAUUCCUUGUGCGUGUUGUGGUUACAGUCAACAGAUGGCGCCAGAGGACCAUCAUUGUUUAUUUGUGUCUUUUUGUGAGUAGUUAAGAAUGAAGCACUUAUCUUCUGACUUUAUGUGGGAAUCUCAAGAAAUGUCAUAUUUCACCCCAAAACCAAUAGAAAAAAAAAAUAUAUAUAUAUAUAGUUAGUAUAAAGAAAAUUAAGCAUAUUUUUUUAUGACCAUUAAGAUUAUUUUGCAUUGACUUUUUUUUUUUUAAUGUCAAACCAUUAAAAAAAGAAGCAUAAUUAUCUACUGUAAUGCAAAAAUAAAAAUGAAAUACUAAUUAAAUAUGAAAGUAUUUAUACAUGAUGAUGUUGUUUGUUGUACAGCCUUUAAUUUAUGCUGAUGUAGCUGUAAAAAAAAUAAAAUAAAAGUCAUCUUAUUAAAGUAUUUUUUUGUACUGGUAAUACAGUGAAAAAUAAUAUUACAGUAAUGAGAAAUGCAUUCUCUAAUCUCCUUUUGAGUAUAAUGAAAAAAAAAAAUAUAUAUAUACAUACAAUAUCUAGACACAUUACUUGGGGGAUUGUUUGGGGAUUGUAAAGAUACUGUACCUUCAUUAUGCAAAGUUGAACUUCUUAUUUCUUCUUUUGAUUUUGAGGUGAAAUUUGACCUGGACAUGCUGUCAUUAUGUACAGUAUAUCCUUUUAUUAUGGACGUUGAUACUUUAAUUGAUUUGCUUUGCAUAUUUAAUUUUGUCAUCAGAUAGGUUAAUUAAAUUAUUAACUUAAGCCCUGGUAUUGACAGCAUUUGUUGAAGAAGGCAAACCUUCCAAAUCUUUGGAAAUUCAUUGUUCAGUAUUUGUCUCAAGAAAAAAAAAGAAAGCAAGUCAUGACUGAAAUACAGAUCAGCCAACUGAGUGGAUAAAUUGCACUAUAGGAUAUUUAGAUGGGAAGCCAUGUUAAAUAAUUUUUUACAUGGAUGCUGAACACACAGGUGCUUGGCAAGACAGGCUGGUUGUCACUGCUGUUACUGAUUACCUGUGUUACUGAAAUGCCAUUUUCCUUUUGGGGGAAAAUUUGUAAAUUUGAAUAUGUAUCAGGAGCUUGUUAGGUGUCACUCAUUGCAGUCCAAUACAUGUAUCCUCACUUCCUUAUUCUGUAAAUUUCUGCAGUCAUCUAUAUUUACAAGAGACUUUUAAUAUAUUUUUUUUUCUUACAAGUGAAUCAUCCCCUGUUCAGAUUCACACUGUUCUUUCACUUUAAUCUGAUUAUUUGCAAGUGAAACAUUUGUUAACGGGUUGAGCUUGCAUUGAUGCUUGGAAAACACAUCAUAUUUACAGUCAAGACUGGAGGAGCAAUAGACAUUGAAAUCUAUUUUAGCAAAUGUGAAACGUAGCUGAGUGCUAUUUUAACUAAUUGAAACAACAACUGAAGAAAUGUAUAGUAUUUGAAAAUGCUAUGCAGAUGUUUAUUGAAAAGACUGGUUGGUGAUUAGCCAAUUCAGAUGUUUAUACUGAGAGAUAUAUUUUAUAAUCAAAUCUAUUUUGGUGACUGAGUAUAAUGUACAUGCAAACUGUUUUUGACCAAUGAGCAAUGCACUUUUCUGAAAUUCACUGAUGCACAAAUGUUUUAAGACAAUCUUUUUGGGGUUCUUUCAAUUCACUCUGCAAAACUCUGCCGUUCAUAAAUAAAGUUUUUUUUUAAACAUACUGCUUGAAGUUGUGGUUUCUUUGUUUUUUUUUUUUCUGUAGAGCUUAAAGGUGAAGUGUGUAAUAUCUAUGGCACCAAAGAGAUUUGCAUAAAUAAUGAUAAUGUUGUUUCCAAACAGGUUUUCCAAACACCUGCACAAAGUGCCACAUUGUUUUCACACUUCAGCAAGUCAACCUAUGAAUGGCUUAUUUAUAGUCUCUGCUCAUUAAACUGGGAUAGACAAAGUAUUAUAACAUAAAAAAAAAAAAAACUUCACCUUUAAAUGAUAAGAAUGUAAUAUAGAGUCUUCUCUUUCCGUUAUAAACUGUUACCUGUAUUCUACCACCAAGGAGAUGUGUUAGGAUUCUGUUAUACACUAAAAUAAUUGUUAUAAAAUGUUCUCCAUCUUCUUCUAAUAUUUAUGCAUUUCAUUGUGUCAAGUUGACAGCUCAUCUUUUGAAAGUUUCAAGCAUUGACAAAACUGGGCAAAGAACACUUGGAGACUGGCAGUGCUGCUGCAUUACUCUUUUCAACCGUGGAGACACUUCAAGAAUUGCGUCUAGCCCCCGUCUCUUAGGUUUGAAUGGAACUAUAUAAUGUUUUAGAGGCUGUAUCUGUGGAGUCAUUCUGUGCAGCCAUAGAAAACGUAAUUCUUUAGAAGAGGAGUGUGUACGGAUCAUUGUUAGCAUUGGAUUGGUGGUGGCGUAGUGGGCUAAAGCACAUAACUGGUAAUCACAAGGUUGCUGGUUCAAUCCCCACAGCCAUCACCAUUGUGUCCUUGAGCAAGCAAG